AUUGUUAACAGCUUUUACGAACUGGAGCAGGUGUACGCUGAUUAUUAUGAAAAACUACGGGGACGGAAAGCGUGGUUCGUAGGUCCUCUUUCUCUCUGCAACCAACAGCAAGACAGAGGCAAGCGAGGGAAGGAAGCCUCGGUUGACGAAGGGGACAUUUUGAAGUGGCUGGAUUCGAAGAAAGCCAACACAGUGGUUUACGUUUGUUUUGGAAGCAUAGCUAACUUCAGUGAAAGUCAGUUGAGAGAAAUAGCGAGGGGACUUGAGGAUUCGGGACAAAAAUUUAUAUGGGUUGUGAGGAGAAGUGACAAGGAAUGGCUUCCGGAGGGGUUUGAGAGAAGAACAGAAGGAAGAGGAAUGAUUAUUUGGGGAUGGGCACCUCAACUUCUGAUUCUUGACCAUCCAGCGGUGGGAGCCUUUGUGACACACUGUGGAUGGAAUUCGACGCUAGAAGCUGUGUCCGCUGGGGUGCCCAUGGUCACUUGGCCCGUUUCUGCUGAACAGUUCUACAAUGAGAAGUUAGUGACGGAGAUUCUUGAAAUUGGGGUCCCUGUUGGUGUUAAAAAAUGGACUAGAAUUGUGGGAGACAGUGUUGGCGGUGAGGCGCUUGAGAAGGCACUGAAAAGAAUAAUGGUAGAGGAAGAAGCAGAGACUAUCAGAAACAGAGCACACAAACUGUCAGAGAUGGCAAGAACUGCCGUGGAACGCAACGGAUCAUCUUCCUGUUCCCUCACUGAUCUGAUACAACGCCUUCAGUCGAUCGCAGGCCUUCAAAAUUGCCCAAAAUCAUCUGAAUGGCUCUAGUAUGUCAUCAUUUCAUAGAACCUAAGUAGUGUGACCUUAACGUUAUGUCUGUAUCAAAUGAGUAGACAAAACGAUGAAAGGAGGUUUUGAAUCUGCUUUUUUAUGACGUAAGGUGAAGAUGGAUUUGCAGUCG